GUCAAUUUAGAUCGGGAUCGGGAUCGAUCGAGGUUUGCAUGGAAUUGUGGGUAGCAUUCCUGAAAUGAAUCAAAAAUCAAAUGGAGUCUCCUGAUAGCGAAGACGAAAGAAAUAGAGGAAUUUUGAACGUACAAAACCAACCUUACGACGAAGCUCUAGAGAUUCCAGACGGCGAGGAAGUUGCAAGUGAAUAUUCACCCACUCCUCGAGUCCAUCCAGGACUCUCUCGCCAAAAGCGACCACCAGUGCCUCCUGGUUCCCCAACUCACAGUUUUGAUGCAUCUGAGCCUUCUGCACCAAGAGGACAGAGUAGAGGAGAUACACCCCCAGAAACAACCAUGUCUGAUGAAAAUGAUGAUGAAUUCGAGGAUAAUAUGAAUCAAAUGCCUCACCAGGGUGAACUGAAACCCAUGCAACAGUCACAGGCCCCUAAACCUCAGCCCAGACAGCAACAGCAGUUUGAGAAUGAUGAAGAUGAUGAUGAUGAUGAUGACUCCGGGUCAGAUACAGAUGAUGACGAUGAUGAUGAUGAUGACGAUGAUGAUGAUCAUGUUCCAGUGGAAGGAGCAUAUGACCCUGGGGAUUACGAAAAUCUUCCUGUUACUCCUGAAAUAAAGGAACUGUUUCAAUACAUUACAAGGUAUACACCACAGACUAUAGAGCUAGAAUACAAACUUAAACCAUUUAUUCCUGAUUACAUUCCUGCUGUGGGUGACAUUGAUGCGUUCAUCAAGAUAACUCGCCCAGACAACAGACCCGACACCCUAGGACUGACAGUGCUAGAUGAGCCCUGUGCCAAGCAGUCUGACCCCACUGUCCUUGACCUUCAGCUCAGGGCCAUAUCAAAGCAGACCACGGACAAAAAGGUGGUGGUCAAGAGCAUAGAUACAGCAGAGAAGAACCCGAAACAGAUAGAGAGCUGGAUAGACAGCAUCAAGGAACUUCACAGGACCCAGCCCCCUCCCAACGUUCAUUAUUCCAAAAACAUGCCAGACAUAGAUACUUUAAUGCAAGAAUGGCCACCUGAAUUUGAAGAAUUACUGAAAGAGGUUGGACUUCCUACAGCUGAGCUGGACUGUGAUUUGCCUCAGUAUGUGGAACUUGUUUGUUCAAUACUUGAUAUACCUGUUUAUAAGGGAUCACCUCAUCACAAUGAAAAGAUCCAAGCUCUUCAUGUUUUGUUUACACUGUAUUCAGAAUUCAAGAAUUCUCAGCAUUUCCGGGCCCUUGCUCAAGACAACCAGUUGGAUAAUGCCCUGAAAGGAGGUGGCCCGGAGGAUGCUCCGGACGACAAGGAAGAGGAAAGACUGAUCUUGUAAACGUUCAUGUUAAGUGAUGUCCAGCUGUCAUUAUUGUACAUAUCUGUGAUUUGGGGUUGACUGUUCAUGCAUAUCUAUGUAUUUAUAAAAGAGAAUCAUGAUAAUGGAAUACCAUUGUUGUUAACUGUGCAAGUUAAGGAUUCAAUAAAUCUUUGAUCUGAUCGUA